AUGAAUAUGAAUAACCCGCAAGGGUCCGUCACACUCAACGAUUUUUGCCCAGUUGAGUUCUUCUCAAGUGAAUUCGAAGUUGAGGAAGAAGUUAUGCAAUGCAACAUGGUUUCUGUGAAGGAAUAUGAGGCUGGCAUAGAGGUUGAUGAGAUUACCGUUUGCUGCAGUCGAAAUAUUCCAUCUGUUGAUAAAGCACAAGUUGAUUCCCCUAAAACGGAGAAGAAGUCAAAGGUGAAAGAGAUUAAAGUCUCCUUGUCAAAAAAGACUGUUGCAGGGGAAGUUCCACCAUCCUCCUCAAAAGCAAAGAACCCUAAACGUGAUACUAAUAAAAUGAAGGAGUCAUCACAAUCACAUGUAGUUAAGUAUGAUAUUUUGGCUCAUCUUAAGUGCAUCCCCUCUCCUUUAAGUGUCUUUGACGCGUUACAAAUGUCGAGAGAGUUUAGGGAAACACUUGUAAUGGCUUUAAUGAGGCCAGAUUUAUACAAGUCAUGUUUUAUAUCAGCGGAUGUCCACACAACUAAAACCUAA